AUGAGCCAGCCCCAUCGCUCUAGCUUCGGUAUGCUUCUCAGACGCUCCAAGUCCGGCGACUUGGGAAAGGGUGGUAAGAAGGCCCAGGCCCAGCGCCAACAGCAGGAACGCGAACUCGAACGUCAGCGCCUGGCUGCUGUCUCUCGCAUUCCUCCCAAGCUUCCCGAGUUCUACAACGCCAAUGACCAGCUCUCCAACUCGAUUCCCUCUGACCUCCGCUCUGAAGGGGGCUACAUCAUGCCCGACCACACCAUAGGCACCGCCUAUUCCACCCGGCCGUCCAUCGAGCCCAGCCGCAGCGUUGCGGGAUCUGUCCCGCCAAUGCCUCCGGUUCCCGACAGCGCCUACGACCCGUACGCUCGCACCGAGAGCAUGACGCACCGCGGCCGAUACAGUUACGCUAGCAGCGCCAUCAGCACCAUCAACAGCCCUAGAAGGGUCCGGAGAAGAAAGGAUCCCACCCCGUUCAACAUCCUCGUCAUUGGCACCCGCGGCGCUGGCAAGACUUCGUUCCUCGAGUUUCUCAAGACUGCCCUCGCACUUCCGCCCAAGAAGAGAUCUCGCCGGACCGAGAUCGAGGAGGACACGACUCCUAGGUCACCACCCUCUGGCAACUUCAUCCCUCACUACCUCGAGACUGAGAUUGACGGCGAGCGAGUCGGCCUUACGCUCUGGGAUUCGGAAGGCCUCGAGAAGAACGUUGUCGAUCUUCAGCUUAGGGAGAUGUCGGCCUUCCUGGAGAGCAAGUUCGAAGAGACCUUCACUGAGGAGAUGAAGGUGAUCCGAUCGCCUGGUGUACAAGAUACCCACAUCCACGCCGUCUUCAUGGUUCUCGACCCUGCCCGCCUCGACCGCAACCUGGCGUCGGGGAAGGGCGCUGUUGUGUCCAAUGGUCACAACGGCAAGUAUACACCUCUCGAUCGCAUCCAGGGCGGCCUGGACGAGGAUUUGGAUCUGCAAGUACUUCGCACUCUCCACGGCAAGACGACUGUCAUUCCUGUCAUUGCCAAGUCCGACACAAUCACCACCAAGCAUAUGAACAUCCUCAAGAAGACUGUCUGGGAUACCAUCAAGAAGUCGGGCCUGGACCCUCUCGAAGCAUUGGGCCUCGACGAGGAUGACGACUCGACCAGAAUUGAGGAAGAGGAAGAGCUUGCAUCGGAGGACGAGCGGGCUGGCUCCGACGACGAGGACUUACUUCCCCUUCAGGGACGCGAAGGCACACCUGCUUCGCCCUGCUCAAACCGACUUUCCACCGCGUCCAUCCGCCAGCACAAAGCGAAGCAAGAGACGAAAGCCGACGAGGUGCCGUUCCUUCCGCUCUCCAUCAUCAGUCCUGAUCUAUACGAGCCCGAGGUCCUGGGGCGCCGAUUCCCCUGGGGUUUCGCCGACCCCUACAACGAGGAGCACUGCGACUUCACCAGACUCAAGGACGCCGUCUUCAGCGAGUGGAGGGCUGAACUCCGCGAAGCCAGCAGGGAGCAGUGGUAUGAAGGUUGGCGUACUUCGCGACUUAAGAACAGCCCGAAUGCCCGUCGACGAUAG